AUGGGUAUUAAAGGAUUGAAUGCCAUAGUUAUGGAAAAUGCUCCCUUGGCUAUUCGCAAAAGUGACAUCAAAUCCUUUUUUGGAAGGAAAGUGGCCAUCGACGCAUCUAUGUCCCUAUACCAGUUUCUGAUAGCAGUUAGACAAAAUGAUGGUACUCAACUGCUGAAUGACAACGGUGAGACUACUUCACAUCUUAUGGGAAUCUUCUAUAGAACCCUGCGAAUGAUAGACAACGGUAUCAAGCCGGUAUAUGUGUUUGAUGGGAAACCUCCGGUCCUUAAAAAAUUCGAAUUGGAUAAACGGUCAGAGAGACGUAAGGAAACAGAACUGAAAUUGGCUGAGGCCACAGACUUGAACGAAAAGAUCAAGCAGGAACGUCGGCUGGUCAAAGUCACAAAACAACACAACGACGAGGCCAAACAUCUCUUGAAACUCAUGGGGAUCCCCUACGUCGAGGCUCCCAGUGAAGCUGAGGCCCAGUGUGCAGAAUUGGCCAAGGCUGGUAAAGUCUAUGCUGCUGCAAGUGAAGAUAUGGACACCCUUUGUUACAGAACACCUUAUCUUUUACGACAUCUUACUUUCUCUGAAGCGAAAAAGGAACCCAUACAGGAAUUGGACACGGAAAAAAUUUUACAGUCGCUGGACCUGUCCAUAGAACAAUUUAUAGACUUGGGUAUAUUACUAGGUUGUGACUAUAUAGAGAGUAUUAAGGGAAUCGGUCCUGUUACCGCACUGAAAUUAAUAAAAGAGCAUGGAUCUCUCGAUUCUAUAGUCAAAUAUAUACAGGAAAAUAACAACAACAACAGCAGCAGCAGCAGUGGUAAUAGCAACGAGGGGAAGUGUAAAUGGAAGAUACCAGAUAAUUGGCAGUACAAUGAAGCACGCCAGUUGUUUUUGGAACCUGAAGUGAUACCUGCAAAAGAUAUCAACUUGAAAUGGUUGCCACCAGAUGAAGAAGGAUUGAUUAAAUAUCUUUGUGGAGAGAAAUUGUUUAAUGAGGACCGUGUUAAAAAUGGUAUACAAAGAUUGAGAAAGGGACUUAAAAAUGGUACUCAGGUUAGAUUGGAUGGAUUCUUCAAAGUAGUACCAAAAACAAAAGAAGAAUUAGAAAAGGCUAAUCAAAGAGCUAAAGCACAAUUGAAAAAAAAUAAAAUCACUAAAAAGAGACGUUGA